AUGCUGCCAGAAUCGCUACCAAUUUUAAAAGAGCUUUCCUUAGAAAUGGACAUGCUUAACGGGUAAUAUCUAUUUGAGCAUUAGUUGGAUGCCUAACAUACAAUACCCUAUAAGGCUCAAAUUUGAAAUGAAUGAUGACAUCCUAUGGUCUGUGUAAAGAGAUUAAUUAGUAUAUGUAGGACCACGAUAUGUAGAUUCAAUGGAGAUGUACAAUAAAUAUUUAUCAAAUUGUAAGUAAUUCUUUAUAUUGAAGACUAACCAACUAAGAAUUAAACUGAUAUGAUGGAGGCAAUUCUCAAAAAGUAACGUUAACUUCGGUUAUUUAUCAACAGACCUUAAGCACAGAAACAUUUCUUAUAGUUUGAUUCUGAUUUUGAAUCAGGAAACUUAGAUUUUGCUUUCUAAGUUCGAAUAAAUGAAUAUAAUUGUUAUAUGCGAUGUGAUUCAAAUUCUCGUUGCAGUCAUAAUUGGUAUCAUUUUAGCAUAGUUUCGGAAAGAACAUAAACAAUAAGAAUUAAUAUUUGUAAUUUCAGUAAACAUCGCAGCCUUUAUUAAAGAGGAAUGAGACCUUACAUAGGAAUUAAUGGUUUAUGGAAAUAGGGAGGUCAUAAUAUUGUCUUUGAUCAGAAAAAUUAAAAAUCAUCAAAGUUAAGCUUUGAUUUAAAUCUCAUAAAUGGAUAGAAAAUAUUUAUUGCAUAUGGCGUGCCUUAUACUUAUACUUAGAUGAUGCAAUUUAUAUAAACUUUGGGAUAUAAUAUUUUGACUAAAACGCCAGCAGGCAUAGAUAUUCCAAUUCUUUAUUUUGGGGAGCCCAAGAAAAGAACUAUAAUAUUAACAGCUAGAGUUCAUCCAGGCGAAACAAAUAGUUCUCACAUGAUGGAGGGCUUUUUGAAGUAUAUCCUUACUCCUAAUGGAGAAUAUCUAUUGUAGAAGUAAAUAACCAUAUCCAUAUCAAGAGUUCAUAAGUAAUUGUAAUCCCAAUGCUCAAUCCUGAUGGAGUAAUAGCUGGUAAUUUUCGAACUUGUUUAUAAGGAAUGGAUCUAAAUAGAUAGUUUUGCAAUCCUGAUUUGAAUACUACUCCUUAAAUAUAUCAUAUCAAAAAGUUGAUUGAAAAAUUGAAGAAUCCUCCUUUUGUUUAUAUUGAUAUGCAUGGUCAUUCAUUAAAGAAAAAUUUAUUUAUUUAUGGACCUGAAUAUCCUAUUUUUGGUCUAAAUUACUUAAAGUGUCGGGUUUUGGCUAAAUUAAUGUCAGAGGCAACAGAGAUUUUUCGAUAUUGGAGUGGUAUUUGGAGAGUUCUACCAAAUAAAAGAAAUACAGCAAGGGCUAUUUUGAAUUAAGAAUUUAAGAUAGUUAAUUGUUUUACUGUUGAAUGUUCUAAUGGAUUAUAUUACUUAGGAUCUCAAUAAAUUACUAAAGAGUUCUGUAAUCUUGAUUUUGAAUUUUUGGGAUAAGAAUUAGGAAAAUAAAUUAAAAUUUUACUUGAAAAAGAAAUCAAAUAUAUUGAAUAUCAGAAGGAUAGACUCAAAAAUCGAAGGAAAAAAAAAAUAAAUCCAUAUACAUGUUUGCUCUAAUAAAUUUAGAAGGAUGAAGAAGAACAUUAAAUUCAAGAUGAAGAUGAAUUAUUAGAAAGUGAAAGUAGUGAAGAAGAAUAGAGAUAGAAAAAGCCUUUUGUUCGUAAACUUCAACAACCUAGAUAAUCUUAAUUAAGAUAAGAAAUUGAAUGUAGAAAAUCAUUCGUAUCCGAUCGAAAACCAAUAAGUAAAGAUAAAUCCAUAGAUAAAUCUUAAAUUUCAUAAAGACCUUUUUCACCUCAAACAGCUUUCAAGAGAUCUGCAUCAUCCUAAAGGUAUGCUAAUUGUUCCAGUAAAUAAUAAUAAUUGAAAUAGAGAUUGAGUAAUUAUGGAUUUAAUUGA